CUCAUUUCUCCUCUCUCCACCAGCGCGCCUUUUACUGUUGACAUAAAAAACUUUGAAGAGGUGAGAGCCGAAACGUCAAAACGCCGACAAAUCACCGUCGACAGCGCGCAUCAAGAAAUAAAAAAGGGGGCAAAGAAAAAUACCCAGCAAGUCCGAGGAAAGCGGUGGAGCCGGGAGAAAGAGGGAGCUAUGCCAUCUCCCGCCGAGCAGAGCCCAGUCCUCCUGUGUUGUGUGUCGGAGCUGCAGCAUGGUGUCUCUCUCUGGACUCUGGACCUACUGCCUCGCCCCCGGGAGACUUCCUCUCCUUUUCCUCUCCGCCAGACCGCUCCUGCUGCUUCUUUUAUUCACGGUCUCAUCCUCCCCGGAGUCCUGCUUCCCGCACUCGCAGACGUGUCACAUCCUCGCCCGGAUCGGACACACCGUGCGCCUCGGUGCGCUCUUGCCGACCCGGCAGCCGGCACGGAUACAAAACGCGCUCAACCGCGCCCUGGCUAGCCUCCGGCACCAGGGUGGAGGGGCAGACUCCUCCACGACACCCUCCCAGACACCCCCUCUGCUGCCCUACAACCUGAGCCUGGAGGUGGUGGCUCGCACGCCCGCGGGAGGCGACCCGGAGUCGCUGUCCCGCAGCGCCUGCCAGGACUUGGUGGUCAGGGGGGUGUCCGCGGUGCUCGCCUUCCCCCGCUCCAGAGAGGAGCUGAUCCAGGUGGAGUUCCUCUCCUCUUUCCUGGAGAUCCCUUUCAUAUCCAUCCUGGAGGACACAGAGCCGCUUGUGACUAAGAACCAGUUCAACCUGAUGAUGUCAGCCCGUGUCCCUCCGUCCACCCUGGGCAGUCUGCUGCUGGCGGUCCUGCAGGGCAGAGACGGGGACCGGGACAGAGGGGGCCGGGGGGACAGCGGCUUGGGAGGAGCUGCGGUGGUCUGCCCCGGAUGGGAGGAGGGGGGUGAAGGGUUGCUGUCUCACCUGCAGAAGCACAGCGGUUCUAACUGGCAUUUGUGGGACAUCAUCAACCUGACCCUCAUCUCGGGGGGUGGGGACAGAAGGGUGGAGAGCGGGGAGGAGAAGAAGGAAGAUCAGAGGGAAGAGGAGGCUUUUAAGAUCCUAUCUGGCCGCUUCUUGCGCUCCCCCUCCCCUAUCUCCUCCGUCCUCCUCCUGGGAUCUGACCCCGAGUGUCUCUCCUCCGUCCUGCGGGCUGCUCAGCGUCUCGCUCCAUCACUACCAGCGCUGCAGUGGAUCAUGGGAUAUCCCUUGUCUCCGGAUUCGCUCCACACUCUAGGAGGUCCCCUUGGACUGCUAGCCUACGGGGAGGUGGGCCGUAAGCCAAUCAGCUUCUACAUCAGGGAUGCUUUGCAGUUGAUUGGACGUGCGGUCACUGCGGCAACCAUGGUGAAGCCGGACCUGGCGCUGAUUCAGAACACGGUGAAUUGUUACGACAAAAAACGGCAUGAGCUCCCCUCUUCAGGACAAUAUCUGGCCAGGUUUCUCUCCAACACUUCCUUCACCGGGGCCACGGGUCUCAUCCAGGUGGAUCCUGGCCUCUCCAGGGUCCUCUCCUCGCAGCUGUUCCACGUGUGGAGCCUGAAGAGGGGCGCGCUCGGUCAGCCGGCCUGGGUGACAGUAGGCCAUUGGACCCGGGGCAGACUGGAGCUGGAAGGGGGGAUUCUGGGACUGGUGGGAGGGCCGGGAGAUUCGGUCGCGGGUCACCGUCUGAGGGUGGUGACGCUGGUGGAACACCCGUUUGUCUUCACGCGGGAGGUGGACGAGGACGGGUUGUGUCCAGCGGGUCAGCUCUGUCUGGACCCCAGAACCAACCGGUCCGACCUUAUCCAGAACCUCUUCACCCAGCUGCACAACCCCAACGCCACCCUACCGGAGGACCUGAGGAAGUGUUGCUACGGUUACUGCAUCGACCUGUUGGAGAAACUGGCUGAGGACAUGGGUUUCACCUUUGACCUUUAUAUUGUGGGAGACGGGAAGUACGGAGCAGUGGGGGGGGCGGGGCGCUGGACGGGGCUGGUCGGGGACCUGCUGGGGGGAACAGCAGACAUGGCGGUCAGCUCCUUCUCCAUCAACUCAGCCAGGAGCCGAGUCAUCGACUUCACCUCGCCCUUCUACUCCACCAGCCUGGGCAUUCUGGUUCGCAGCCGGGACUCUGCAGCCCCCAUCGGAGCCUUCAUGUGGCCCCUCCACUGGUCCAUGUGGGUGGGUAUUUUUGUCACGCUGCACCUCACCGCGCUCUUCCUCACCUUGUACGAGUGGAACAGCCCCUUCGGGAUGACGCCACAUGGCAGGAACAGGCUGCGAGUCUUCUCCUACUCCUCCGCCCUCAAUCUCUGCUACGCCAUUCUGUUCGGACGUACCGUCGCCACCAAGACUCCUAAGUGCUGGACGGGGCGNNCCCUGAGUUCAGGGUGGUUAUAUGAGCUCCAUAUCCUUUCACCUUUUCUGUUUUUAUCACAAUCUUCACCUUUUGUCCGUCCAUGUCUUCCUGUUUCAUUACCUCAGCUGCAUCAUCCGUCCAUGGGCUUCCGUUUUGGGACGGUGAGGGAGAGCAGCGCUGAGGAUUACAUGAAGAAGAGCUUUCCGGAGAUGCACGACUACAUGAGACGCUUCAACCAGCCCACCACCCCCGAAGGAGUCCACAUGCUGAAGACAGAUCCUCCUGCCCUGGAUGCCUUCAUCAUGGACAAAGCCCUUUUGGAUUUUGAGGUCUCUAUCGACGCUGAGUGCAAACUACUAACAGUGGGGAAGCCUUUCGCCAUUGAGG